GAAGUGUAAAAACAAGUCAGUUCAGUUUGCAAUUUAUUUCGAAUUAACUAAUAUAUUGUCAGCCAUGGGGAAAAAGGAUUCAAUGACAAGAGGACCAAUUGUUGAAAAUUACCGAAAGCGUAUAGGUAAGCAAGAUUAUAAGAAGUCAAAAAGUGCGAUAAAAGAAAUGAAGACGAUAGCUGAAGCUAAAAAGUCAUCAACUGCACUUUCGGACAUCGUUCUUGUUGCGGUAGCUUUUUCUGUGAUACUCGCAUUGCUGUAUGUCAUGUUCUAUGCAUCCCUGGCGAAAUGAUCAAACUAAAGCAAAUAAUAAGAUUCAUAGCUGCAUAUCAAAGAGGCAGAAGUAGUAGUGAUGAACAACGAGUCUAAUUAAAUGAGCAAAACAUAUUCUCAGUUUUUAUCUCAUCGUAACAAAUUGACAUUAUUUCAUAUUAUAUUCUGUAUUUCUAAUGUAGCAUUUUACCAUAUCCUGGUGCAAUUGCCUUUUUGUUAUUCAAGUGGAUUUAGUAUUUCAAAUAUAUAUUUUUAUAAUCUUA